AUGAUGAGUGGGAAUGAGACAGAAACCACAGAUUUCAUUCUCCUGUGCUUCUUCUCUGAAUUUAAAUAUAUCACAUCCAUGGUCUUCAUCAUUCUCCUGGUCUUCAUGGUUGCCUUCACUGGCAACACUAUUUUUAUCCUCUUCAUUUGGUUGUAUUCCAAUCUCCACACCCCCAUGUACUUCCUUCUCACUCAGCUCUCCUUAAUGGAUUUGACUUUGACCUCCAGCAUUGUCCCAAAAAUGGCAGCCAACUUCUUCUCCGGAUGGCACAGCAUAUCAUGCAAGGCUUGUGGGAUGCAAAUUUUCUUCUUCCUAGCUGUGGACAUUGCAGAAUGCAUCCUAACUCUCAUGUGCUUUGAUCAUUAUGUGGCUAUUGAUCCUCUUCCAUACCUAGUCAUCAUCAACCCUAAGGUUUUCUCACAGAUGAUCACCAUGUUUUGGGCUGGAGGGGCACUUACUUCCCUGGGCCAGACUACUUUUAUCUUGCAUUUUAACAUCUGCAGCCCCAGAGAGAUUCCCCACUUUUUCUGUGAAGUCAUGGCUGUGCUUAGGAUCGUCUGUGAGGAUAUCUCAGCCUAUGAAAAGGCAGUGGUGAUAACAAGCGUUUUUGUUCUGCUGCUGCACUUGUCUUUUAUCUCAUCUUCCUAUGUUCUUAUAUUCCUUUCUGUACUCCGAAUGAACUCCCCAGAAGGCAGGAACAAGGCUCUGGCCACAUGUUCCUCUCAUCUCUGUGUAGUGUGUCUCUAUUUUGGUCCAGGCAUGUGUAUCUACAUGAGACCUGGAUCUGCCAAGACUCCAAAGUUGAAUCAGGGCUUCUUUCUGUUUGAAACUGUCCUCACUCCCCUCCUAAACCCACUUGCCUACAGUCUUAGGAAAAAGGAAGUUCUAAGGGCACUGAAAAAGUUAAUGGGCAAAUGUCAGUCCUUCAGGUAA